CAUUUAAUUUUGAAUCCAACAAACGUUUAAUUACUUGUCUCUAAAGUACUGUAAAGUAAUUUACAAUUGAAUUUGUUAGGCAUGAAAGUAUGGGAUGGCAUACAAUCCAAAUUUCCUGACAAUAAUGAAAAUAAAAAUAUUAAUUUCAAUAAUAAAUUGUCCGAUAAUAUUGGCGAUGACGACGAAAAAAUGGAAAUUUUCUAUUAUGAGAAACAUUGGCUUAAAAGUAUCUUAACUUAUAUUUUGAUAAUUUUGACGAUUUUUAUCCUAAAAUUGCUAUUCUUUUGGAGACCUCAUUGGGAACUGUAUUUCACUCAUAGAAGAUGUUCAUCAAAUGUUGCAGAUUCUGUGAUUCUGAUUGAUAAAUAUAAUCAGAUAUUUACAGAAAAAGUGGUUUUAUUCAAUAAUAAGAACAAUGACAGUAAAUAUGUGAUCCCAGAAUCUGACGGUAACUUUCAAAGUGUCAGUUCUUUGAGAUAUUUUAUAAACAAAAAGCUUCGGUAUCUUUGGAGUGAAAAGACCAACAAAUUUGAAAAACUUUAUGGUUUAGAUCGGGAUAUACUUUGCCAAACAAUUGGUCAACACAGGGGUCUUACAGAUGAACAACAAUUUCAAAGAGCUCUAGUUUUUGGUGAAAAUAAAAUUGAAAUCAAAGUCGAGUCAUAUUUUGAGAUUUUAUUCAAAGAAGUAUUGACUCCUUUUUAUGUGUUUCAAGUGGCGGCUAUUAUACUGUGGUGUUUGGAUGAGUACUACUAUUACGGCUCAUUUAUUUUGGUGAUGUCUAUCGCUUCCCUUCUUUCAAGUGUUCUUCAGAUUCGUCGAAAUCAAAAACAACUUCGAAAGACAGUCGGCGGAGAACAGAUGGUUGAGGUCUGGAAGGGAGGAGACGUAUAUCAGACACAAGACUCAAACAAUUUGGUUCCGGGAGAUGUCAUAGUAUUGCCAUCAAAUGACUUUGAAAUGAUAUGCGAUGUCGUCCUUCUCAAUGGUAACGCUAUUGUCGACGAAAGUAUGUUAACCGGAGAGAGUGUUCCGGUCAUGAAAACUGGUAUUCCUUUGAGUCCUUCGGAGUUCAAUUACAAACACCACUUCAAACACAUUAUAUUUUCGGGAACUAAAGUAAUUCAAACCCGAUAUUAUGGCAAUCAAAAGGUUAAAGCAGUUGUCAUUCGUACCAGUUUUCAGACUGCAAAGGGAGAGUUGGUUCGCUCUAUUCUGUUCCCUAAACCGGUUGACUUUAAAUUUAAUCGACACAUAAAUCAGUUUAUUAUAAUAAUGAUAUGCCUGUCGUUGUCGGGAUUUAUAUACACUUUUGUUAUUAAAGCAAAACGCGAUGAAAGUUUAGGCGAUAUUAUAAUCAAAGCGCUUGAUUUAUUUACAAUAGCGGUUCCACCUGAAUUACCUGCUUCUAUGACAAUCGCCAGUAUUUUUGUUGAUAACCGACUCAGAGCUAAUCAGAUCUAUUGUAUGUCACCCAAGUCUAUCAAUAUGUCUGGUUGUGUGGAUUGUGUUUGUUUUGAUAAAACCGGAACACUUACUGAAGAUGAGCUCAGUUUGGCUGAAGUUUUGCCAAUAAAUCUUAAAACAAAAAAAUUUACGGAUCCUAUAACUUGUUUGGAAGAUCAACAAUUGAGUCCAAUAUUAAUAUGUGUGGCCAGUUGUCACUCACUGACUAUAUUAGAUUCAAAUAUAAUUGGCGAUCCAUUGGAUAUUAUAAUGUUUGAAUCAACUAAAUGGGUGUUAGAAGAGCCUGAAGUUAGCGAUUCAAGUAAAUAUGAUCUGUUGGCGCCUACUAUAGUAAAGCCUCCAUAUGUUAUGGGUGUCGAUGACUCACCUCAAGUCGGAAUAUUACGACAGUUCCCAUUCUCAUCACAUUUAAGCCGUAUGUCUGUCAUCACUCGGGUGUUGUGUGAAAAUGAAUAUCAACUAUACGUAAAGGGAGCGCCUGAAGUAAUAGCAACUCUUUGCGAUCCAAAUACUGUUCCCAAAGAUUUUGAUCAAAAAUUGUUGGAAUACACAGAAAAAAGUUAUAGAGUUUUAGCGUUGGCUUACAAACCAUUACAAGAUAUGGAUUAUAUUGAAGUUCAAAGAGCGAAAAGAGAUGAACUCGAAAUUGAUCUCAUUUUCCUGGCUUUGGUUGUUAUGAAAAACAAUUUAAAAGAUAAAACAAUCGAAACAAUCGAUGAAUUAAAAAGAGCAAACAUAAGAACAUUGAUGGCAACGGGAGAUAAUCUGAUGACAGCUUUAAGUGUAGCUCAAGAGUGUCACAUCAUUGAUAAAAAUGAUCCGAUUAUUAUUAUCGACACUUUUACCGACAGUGAUGGCACUCCAAGACUUGAAUGCAAAUACAAGAAUCCGGUCAAGAAUUCCAAGGAAUCGCUAAAAGAAGUGAAUUUACAAAUUGAAAACAGAUCUCAUUUGGGUCUAACAGGAAAUACAUUCAAAAUAAUUCACGACUACUACUCAUAUCUAAUACCAAAACUGAUAGUUUGUGGCACUGUAUUCGCCAGAAUGUCACCCGAAAACAAACAACAACUCAUUGAAGAUCUUCAACAAUACGGAUAUAUAGUCUCAAUGGUAAAUGACAUUAACUUAUAUUAA